AUGGCAUCGGAAUUCUUCGUUUCCCUUUGGGAAUCCAUCUUCACACCUGGUCCAACUCCCGUCCUCCUUGUUGCAACCAAUGCCACGUUCGCAGCCCUACAACUUGUGUUCCUAUCCCUCUUGAUCGCUACAUAUAGUAUCCAUUUCGUGAUUCUAUCGUUUCUUUGUGGCGGGUUAUGGUGGGCUAUAAACUGGUUCGCCGCAGAGCUGAAGACGGUGAAAGAGCAAGAGGAAGCACGAAAGAAGACAGAAGCGGGAGCUGGAGGAGAAGCUAGUGAUACGGAUGUAGAGACUGUUGUUGAUGACGAUGGUCCGCCAGGAAGCAAGGAGGUCGAGGUCUUGGAAGUGAAGGGGGAGUUGAAGAGCAGAGCACAUUCUAUGGGAGGAGGAAAUAAGAGUGAGCCCAGUACUGAGGAUGAGUGGGAGAAAGUUAGCCCAUCAAUCGACCUCACGAUCCACUAUCAACCACCAAUAUACAUCAACAAUAAAACCGCCAUUAUGAAGCUCGUCAGGUUUCUCAUGAAAUGUGCGAACGAAACGGUCACUAUUGAGCUUAAAAAUGGCACAAUCAUCCACGGUACCAUAACUUCCGUAUCUCCUCAAAUGAACACAGCUCUCCGCACUGUCAAGAUGACGCCAAAGAAUGGCACUUCUCUCACCCUUGAUACCAUUAAUCUCAGAGGUUCCACAAUUCGUUAUUACAUUCUGCCUGAUUCGUUACCGCUCGACACAUUGUUGAUAGACGAUGCACCAAAGCCAAAGAACAAGGCGAGAAAGGAAGCUGCAGGCACUACCGAUACUAGAGGCGGUAGAGGUGGUAGAGGCGGACCUAGAGGUGGACGAGGUGGAGGACGAGGAGGCGGUGGUGGAUUCAGAGGAGGACGAGGACGAGGCGGUGGAAGAGGAUUCUAA